GGUCCCGUCAGUCUUCAUCGAACUUCGGAACGAAUACGUUCCGACUCUUGGGAACCUGGAUCAUUAUAAUUGCAAACAAAGGUUUCCUAAGUAAUUGACAGUAAAUAUUAUCAAGUGUUUAGCAGAAGGACUUACAUCAUGGUCAUAUAGAAACAGUGCCUGAUUGUCGACGGAAAAGUGUUCUAAAUAGAUUUGAGCAAAUUUUAGUAGUAAAUAACGAGAUCGGUGAAGCAAGAAAAUGCGAAAACUACGACUUCUGUGAUAAUUAAUAGGGCAACUAGAAGCGCCCUUCUAAGAAUAUUGCCGAUCAAAAAGUGAGCUAAGUGAAAAGUUAACUCCUUGAAAUAAUGAUGUACGUCAAUAUAGUUAUUAGCUUAUUGGGGCUGAUAGCGGUAGCCCCAUUGGUAAUAGCCAACGAUAAGCAACAGUGCAAAAAACUGGUGGACAAAAGUACCUCAGAACAUGUCAGAUUGAAAAGCAAACAGCCACCAAGUAAUAGUGAUUCAAGCAUCAAUGUAACCAAUGAAGCCAAAUGGAAUUCAGUGAUAGUGGGCAACAAAUCUCCACCCGGUGGAAAUUUAAGUGAUACUGACGAGUUUUUGUUGCAUGGGAUGCACAGUAAAUUUCCCAAACGGACUCCCGAGAUAGUGUUCAUGGAAAACGAAGAUAGAAUAAAAAUUGAUAUCGAGGAAGCAGACUUCGUUGCCACGCUUGGAAAAAAGCUUUUCUCCAUUCAUGCGCCAUUCAAUCCAGCCUACAGCCAAAAGGUGUCACCGGAAUGCAAACGAGCCACGAAGCGAUACCUCUCUUCGCUUCGAGCGAUGGAAAUGUGGGCUUUGCGGAUGCACGACUCCAGCGCAAAGCUGCACUCCGGCAUUCUGAAUGGAAACAUCAACCAGUUCGGCGAUUUCGAUCAGUGCCUAAACGUUCAGGGCGGCGAGAAAAACAACGCCGCUGAUCAGCAGCAUCUACAGGGACGGUAUUGUCUCGCCGGCAUUCAACCGAGUGUCGUCUCCAACACCGUUUUCUUGCAGCACGUGCUCAGCCUGGUUCAAUCGCGUGGAAUUCUCACCAGUCAGCUCGACGAUCCAGGACACCGAGUGCCACGAUUCUCCACCGUCAACUGGGCUCUUUGCAUUCCAUCAGCAUGUUCAUUCGACGAUGUUCGUAAAUCAUUGGACGAAUUCCUGCAAGAUCAAACCCAAGGCACAGGGCUCAAAAUGACAGUAAAGGUAGACAGAGAAUCAUGCCAACUGAAAAAUACCGUUUGGGAUCGCUACUAUACGGAUACAACCGCGAAAGUUUGGUUUGGAUUUCUCCUUUACUUCGGUGUAGUGCUGCUCUCGACAUUGUAUGAAUACAAAUCAGAGAACAAAAAUGAAUGGCUUACGUCGUUUUCUCUGAUUCGUAAUACGAGGACGAUUUUCUGUGUCAAGGAGGACCCCAAUGAUGUGGCAUGUGUCCAUGGAAUACGCUUUUUGAAUGCAAUACUCCUCGUCAUAGCGCACAAAUCGAUGGCCCUGUUCUUCAAUCCGUAUGCGAACCGAACAAACAUGAGUGAGGCCCUAGGUCAACCAUGGACUGUCAUCGGACGAGCUGCGUCACUAUUCACCGAUCCAUUCAUCAUGUUCAGCGGUUUUCUGACGACAUACUCAAUAGUCGGAAGGAUGAUGCGUGGCCAACCCGUGAAACUCUACCAAGACUACAUCGGCCGAAUUCUCCGGAUAGCUCCACCUUUGGCUGCGCUGAUUCUGAUUUGUACCUUUGUACUACCGUUUCUCAGCAGUGGCCCACAGUGGAAUCUAGUGGUCACCAAUCACGGGGAUUUGUGCAAAAAGUAUUGGUGGCGUAAUUUACUGUUCAUUCACAAUUAUUUUGGGUUCAAAAAUAUGUGCUUAACGCACACGCACCACGUUGGAAUCGACACGGAGCUGUUUGUAGCGUCGCCGUUGUUCAUUUGGUUGAUUUGGAAGUGGCCCAAGAAAGGUACGAUCACACUGGUCAUCAUUGCAUUAGUAACGACAAUACACCGAUUCUACAUUACCUAUAAGCUGCGAUUAGCAAACUACGUGCAUUUUGGCACAUCCGUUAAACAGCUAUUCGACACUGCCGACAACAUGUACAUUCUGCCAUAUUACCGACUCACCGUGUAUCUGAUGGGUGUGAUACUUGGCUAUUCAUGUCGAGCAUUCAAAAACCGCCGACUGACGCCGAAUCAACUUCGACUUGGAUGGUACAUCAGCAGUUUUCUCCUGGCGUUGGCGUUUUUCGGUCCCGCACCGAUGGGAUCGAUAAACUAUGAGUACAAUCCGUUCCAUGCAGCGAAUUAUGCCGCUUUCUCGCCGAUUGCCUGGUGUAUAUUCUUCGGAUGGGCGGUUUUCACUUCCCAUUUGGGAUACAGAAAUAAACUGGUCGACCUACUGUCUUGGAGGGGGUUUCGCGUGACAACGAAAAUCUCCUAUGCCAUCUAUCUGUCGCAGUUUCCUAUCUUCUUUUUCCAAGUAGGAAGAGUACGAAGCUCGCUGUACUACAACUUCUACUCCACGGUUCUGUUCGACAUAACCGAGUACUGUGUGAUAUUUGCUGCAUCCUACCUGUUGACGGUCUUCUUCGAGACGCCUUUCAGCAAUAUUAAACGGCUUAUGUUUGACAGACACAGGAAAAAGCCACCGGCACAGAAACUACACGAAAAGUAUCAUGAGCUGAACAUUUCCGUGAAUAGCAGCAAAUCGAUUAUCUAUUCGUCUGAUCCCAUCGCCAAGGAACAGAAGGAUAGGUGAAACUGUGAACAAGAGUCUAAAGAACGUGUGUGAAAGUAUCUUCCAAACCAUAAAAAGACUUACAGUGAUAUUUAUCUUGAUCUUA